GGGCUCGUCUGGUAUUUACUCGUAUGAAGAUAAGCUUCAUCACAAUACACAUCGUGCUGUUGGUGUGCCUUUCAUAUGACUGUCAUGGCGUCGCUUUGUUUCCAACGGCACGCAACGACGACACAUGUGGUUGGAGAGUGAACGGCAGAGCUUAAUGUUAUUUUGAGUCUAAGUUCCAAUAUUGUUGGAGAAAAUCAUGUUGCGACGUCAAGCACGUCUCCGUCGGGAGUAUUUGUACCGUAAAAGUAUUGAAGAUCGCAAGAGAAGUAUUCAAAACAAGAAAGACCGGUUGAAACAGAGUUUGGAAGAUGGUACCCAAAUCCACACAGACUUGCAGAGGAAUGCUCUUCACCUGCAGAAGAAAUUAGAAUGGGAAGAUGAAGGUCCACAAAAAGCAGUAGAUAUCGGAACAGAAAUGGGUGGAGCUAGUGGAACUCAUGAAGACGAUGAAUACAGAUGGGCUGGUGUAGAGGAUCCUAAAAUUAUGAUAACUACUUCUCGAGAUCCUUCAUCACGGCUUAAAAUGUUUGUCAAAGAACUGAGAUUAAUUUUUCCUAAUGCCCAGCGUAUGAACAGAGGAAAUUAUGAAAUGAAGCAGCUGAUACAUGCAUGUCGAGCCAAUGAUGUCACAGACUUUAUUGUUGUUCAUGAACAUCGGGGUGUACCCGACGCCCUCACUGUAUGUCAUUUGCCCUAUGGUCCAACGGCUUACUUCACCUUAACUGAUGUGGUUAUGCGACAUGAUAUCCCAGAUAUUGGAACCAUGUCAGAACAGUACCCCCAUCUUAUCUUCCAUAACUUUAAGAGUCAACUUGGGCAAAGAAUUAUGAGUGUAUUGAAACAUCUGUAUCCUGUUCCUAAAGAAGAUAGUAAGAGAGUAAUAACUUAUGCUAACCAUGAUGAUUACAUAUCUUUCCGACAUCACAUGUACAGAAAGGUGGAUGGCAAAUAUGUAGAACUCUCAGAGAUCGGACCACGCUUCCAACUUAAGCCUUAUGAGAUUAAAUUGGGAACCCUUGACAAUGAAGGAGCUGCUGAUACUGAAUGGGCAUUGCGGCCUUACAUGAAUACAAGUGCAAAGAGAAGAUUUUUAUCUGAUGAUGAUGGUUGGGUUCAAGAAGAUGAGAACAUAAAUGUGUAAUGUAGUCUGUUUUCAUUUGCUGUCACUUCUUGCUUUGCUGUAAUGUAUUUAUUAAAAUAUCAUCCAUUCCAAUGACUUUGAUUACUUCAAAUCUUAUGAAACAAAUAUGUAUAUUUUUGAACCUGUUUACUACAUUCAAGUCUGUACUUUGUAUGAAACCUAAGUCUCGUCUAAAAUUGUUGAAAAUUAAAAACAAAAAGGACCGCAA